CUCCCAAGCCGUGUGGAUGGGCAUUGAGCUCACGUGCUGAGCAACAGAAAAGCCCAUCCACGUGCCUAGAGAGCCGCGAAACAAUGCGCAACCAGGAAGCCGGUCAGUGAAGUCCGGGUCCCCGUGUUAGCGCCCUCAUGGUGAAGUACAGUGUCGGUACAUAAGAAGCGCUCGCUCGCACGCGCCCUUUGCAACCCGCAGAACACGCGCUGACCGGGCGCUUUAGUUAAACGCCUCGCGCUGUGCUCACACAACAACAUGGCGACAAAGAGCAUGUAUGUGCUGCGGAGGGUGCUCGGUGGACUCCGAGCUCACACGGUUUGGCACCAGAGCUCGACCUCACGUCAAGGACGCCCACCGUCGAGACCUCAACUCAGACACCUGAGCUGCUCACAUCCGGUCUGCGAUUCAAGGACCCCCAUCACAGGUCCCAGCAGUCUGUCGUUCAGGAGUCACACCUGUGGAGAGCUGAGUUUGGAUCAUGAGGGAAAGACGGUCACUCUGUGUGGCUGGGUCCAAUACCUCAGGCAGGACCUGUUUGUCAUCCUGCGAGAUUUCAGUGGCUUGGCCCAAGUUCUGAUCCCUCAGGAAGAAUCUGCGAGCCAUUUGAAAGCAGCGCUGUGUGAUCUCACAGCCGAGUCUGUCGUCAAGGUUACGGGAACAGUCAGAAGACGCCCAGCGGGGCAAGAGAACAAGGGGAUGCCAACGGGAGACAUAGAGAUCCUGGCUGAGGGCGUGGAGGUUUUUAACGUGUGCCGGAAGUUGCCUUUUGAGAUCAAAGGCUUUGUCAAAACAUCUGAGUCUCUGCGGAUGCAGUAUCGCUACCUGGACCUGAGGUCUUCUCGGAUGCAGAAGAACCUCAGACUGAGGUCUCAGCUGGUGAUGAAGAUGAGGGAGUACCUCUGUAAUGUGCACGGUUUUGUGGACGUGGAAACUCCUACUUUGUUUAAAAGAACACCCGGGGGAGCCAAAGAGUUUGUGGUUCCGUCCAGAGAGCCAGGCCGGUUUUACUCUCUGCCCCAGAGUCCACAGCAGUUUAAACAGCUGCUAAUGGUGGCUGGUAUAGACAGGUACUUCCAAAUGGCUCGGUGCUACCGAGAUGAAGGCUCUAAACCGGACCGGCAGCCGGAGUUCACCCAGGUAGACAUAGAAAUGUCUUUUGUGGACCAGGCAGGCAUCCGGUCCCUGGUCGAGGGUCUUUUACAGUACUCCUGGCCUGCAGAGAGAGGUGUCCUUACGGCCCCUUUCCAAACCAUGACGUAUGAAGAGGCCAUGAGGGACUACGGUGUGGACAAGCCCGACACCAGAUUCAGUAUGAAGUUGAUCGACCUCGGCCAGGUUUUCUUAUCCACGGAAAUCGAGUUCCUCAGAUCAGCUUUGAGCCAACCGGGAGGCUCCGUCCAGGCCGUCUGUGUCCCGAGUGGAGCAAAACUGUUUGCUGGGAAAGAUUUGGAAGAACUGAAACAAACAGCCCAGACUCAGUUCGGCCAGGAGCUCAGCGUGGUGCUCGUCAAGGCGGACAGGACAUUGAAGUCUCCCCUGAAGAAGCUGCUCUCUGUCUCGGCCACAGACGAGCUGCUGCAGAAGACCGCAGCCAAACCCGGAGACCUGCUGCUGCUGGCAGCCGGGUCCCUCCACUCUGUGCGCCCCUUGCUGGGUAAUCUCCGUCUGCGGUGUGCGGCGCUCCUGGAGUCACGCGGCGCGUCAGUCCGCGACCCCUCAGCCCUCCACUUCCUGUGGGUUUUGGACUUCCCCCUCUUCUUGCCCAAAGAAGAGGAUCCGGAGCAGCUGGAGUCAGCCCAUCAUCCAUUCACUGCCCCACUGCCCGAGGACACGCAGCUACUCCACACAGAUCCACAGAAGGUACGUGGUCAGCACUACGACCUUGUGUUGAACGGCUGUGAGAUUGGAGGAGGCUCCAUCCGCAUCCACAAGGCCUCAGAGCAGCUUCACGUCCUGGAGAGUGUCCUCAAGGAGGACCCCAGUCUUCUCUCUCACUUGCUGGAGGCUCUGGACUCCGGAGCUCCACCACAUGGAGGCAUUGCUCUGGGUUUGGACCGGCUGGUCUCCAUCAUGGUCGGCGCUCCCAGCAUCCGGGACGUCAUCGCCUUCCCCAAGUCGUUCCGGGGUCACGACCUCAUGAGCUGCGCCCCUGACUUUGUGUCUGAGGAGGAGCUGAAGUCUUACCACAUCUCUGUCAAAUGGCCGGCAGAGCGAGGAGCAGGAGAAGGGGCGAAGCGAGGAGAUGAAGAAGGAAGCGAUAAGGAGACGCCCAGGAAGGGGUGAUACCUUGUCAGGUAGCAAAGGUUAGAGAGGACAAGGAGACAAGCAGCUGUGAAAACAUCUGACAGCCGGCCGGCAGACGUGAGGAUGUGGUGAUGCUGUGGCUGCAUCUCAGUACUCUGUCACUUUCAAAUUGAAGAGAAAAAAGGGAGCAGCAGACAUUAUGGAAAUCUGAAAAAUAAACUUGUUGAACAAAGUCUCACAGAGCUAACAACCCUAACAGGUUUAUAGAUACUGAAGCUCUGUUGUGGUGCUCAGACCAAUGCUUCAUACAAUCUUUAAUAACAGAAUGUUUUAUAUGAACAAUUUCCUCAAUUUAAGGACUUAUGGCUCUACUGACUCUAAAGAGCUGCUUAUUUUGUAUUGGUUUGUGUCCCACAAUGAAGCCAAAGAUGUUGUUCCAGACAGUGUUUCACCUUGAUAAGUACGGUAUAAAAAUCUGGAGAAACCUCUAACUGUAACAUCAACAACCUUUGUGCUGUGUAAAAAAUAAAUAAAUAGAAAAGCAUUUUAAUUUUCAGCUGAAGCUAGUGUGAGAUGGGUUAUGUGAAGGGAUUGUAACACAACGAGUGAGUAUUGCACCCAACACAUGAUGACUUCUGAAGUUACUCAUUUGGAACAAACACCAUCACUUCUACAGCAAAAAAAAUGUUUAAUGUACAUAUGAUUGUUUCCAUGAGACAGACUUGGAAAAUGUGAGCCGCUACUUUCAUAUCAUUCAAGUUUGCACGGGAUAAAGAGAAAUUAAUGUUGGCUCAUUUUAGAAACCGCAGAUAGAAAAUGUCAAAUUAAAGUAGGGCUGCAUUUAAAACCUGGUUUGAGUACUCCUGAUUGAUGAAGCAUUAACCAAAAUGAGACGCAGACAAGGAUGUUCACUUCACGUGGAAAUGUAUGAGCUUCUAGUUUUCUGUACACGGACAGAUUCACUGAGGCUUUGAAUUCAAUAAAGAAGGGGGAACGUGUAA